AGUGAGAAAGUUGAGCCACUUUCUCGAAACCUUCGACACGCAUGAAAUGUGUUCGCAAUUUUUCGUUCAAACACGAAAGCCUUUUCUUCUUUCUGUUUUGCACCUAAGCUUAUUAAAUCGCUGAUAGCAGUCAGAGGCAACCACACACUGGAGUCAGUCGACUUCACCUUCUUUGUUUCUUGAUCGACACAAUUUGCUGCUACUUUGAGACCUUGAGAUAUUGCUCCAUAUUCAAUCAAACAUCUCAAGUAACCUCCAACAUCCCGUUCCGACAGAAUGAAGUCCAGAUUCUUCUACGAAUUAAUGAGCCCGUAGUUAAUGGCUUGUGGCUCAUUUGUGGAAAUAUUGAUAAGAUAGUGAGCUCUCUGCUAGCUUAGGAGACUAUAUCUUUACAACCUUACACUGCACAAUUCUGGACGUAAAACAGGCAAUACAUUCGGCGCAUACGAAACAUUAUGCUUACCAUACCUAGACCCAGUUUUCUCAGAACGUCGUUGAUUUGCUUGAACCCAAGAAGGCAAGAUAUCGGGUGGGUUAGCAUCGAUCGACAGGGAAUCCAGGGUUACAGCACACAGCAAAUCGCACACAGAAACAUCACAAUGCCUGCAAACGUCAAAAGCAACGUCGUAGUUUUUGAUAGCGAUGAGCUUAUCAACAAUUUCUUUCGGAUCGCACGGAGGUACUUCUCCGGUUACCAGUAAAGCCACACGCGCGUUUGCUAUUACACAUUCUUCACAAAGCUUUUCUGCUGUCAGGAUGAACAUUCGACGCUGA